CUUCUUCCAAGCCUGUCCCUCUCUCUCUCUCUCUCUCUCUCUCUCUCUGUGAAGUGCGCCAUGAAAGAGGGAAGGUUUUUCCCCAAUUUGUUUACGACAUAAAAGCUUUCGCCUUUUUUUUCCUUUUGUCUCUCUGAGAUGCGUGUCCGUUCUUCGCAAAGCUGGCUCUUAGUGGAAAUUUCCCUCCACCUCACUAAUUUAGCGUCAUAGCUUUAUAGCUUUCCUGAUUCAGAACUGACUUUGAGCGGAUGAAGAAGCCAUUGUCAUUGAUACAGAGCACCUCCUCUUCCAUCCAGCAGCCAUGGUCUUCUCUUUUCCCUCUUGCAGUGCCAGUGCCCCCCGAAUCCACUUCAAGAUUGGUGGCUCGAGGCUGAGUGAUACGUCUCCGGUCCCAUUGCACGUUCGAACUUAUCGAGCCCACUCUAUUGCUGUAACAAGCUGUAAGUCUGAGUUUCCCAUCGAUAACUGGAGUUUUGCUGGAGGGUCAAGAUUUGCAGUCAGACCUCAGAUUGCAACUAUCAGCAUCAGUAGAAGAUGCUCCCAAGUACAUGCUUCAUGGCUUGCAACUUCUCAAAUUGCUAGCAGCGUUUUCACUUUAGGAACUGUCGCAGUUCUCCCAUUCUACACUCUAAUGGUGGUUGCCCCGAAGGCCGAACUGACUAAGAAAUCCAUGGAGAGUGGCAUACCCUAUAUAGUCCUUGGGCUUCUUUAUGCUUACCUACUAUACCUCUCUUGGACACCCGAUACAUGGCGGCUGAUUUUUGCAAAUAAAUAUAUGCUACCUGAGCUGUGGCACAAGCUCUCAAAAUUGCUCGGCAUGGCACCAAUUAUGAGAUUUGUGUCAAACGUGGCACAACAUUAUUCUUUCCGUAAAAAACUAACGGGAUGCAUACGCACGUGAAAUGUUGUGGGUCCCAAUUAUUGCCAAAUAGAUUUAUGCUCGUUAACCCAAACCCCCUUCCGACCUGAAUUUGGCCCCGUCCUAUCUCUAUAGCAAGUGCUCUUUGUAACUGGGACUCCAAAUUCAAGUCAGGAGGGGGUUUGGGUCGUGUGGGUUAAGGGCCGUAAAUUUAUUUGGCAAUAAUUGGGAUCUACGGACAUUCUACGUAUGCGCCAUGUAUGCAUCCCGUUAGUUUUUUUAUGGAAAUAAUAACGUCGUGCCACGUUUAACAUUAAUCUCAUAGUUGGUGCCACAUCGCGCACUUUUAAAAGUUUGUGCCACAGCUGACACAACCCUUAAAUGUUGUACCAUGCCAUGUAUUUUGCCCUUAAUUCUUUGAAUCAUAUU